AUGGAUCCUGCCGCGGCCAUAGAAUUGGAGAUUCUGAAUAGGCAGAAGCCGAUCGAUGAGGCCAUCGCUAGAGGCCUCUCGGACGUGCAGAAGUUCUACAAAAACACAAACGUGUUUAUAACCGGAGGAACUGGAUUCAUUGGGAAGCAACUGAUAGAGAAACUGCUCAGAUCAUGUGACAUAAACAAGAUUUAUAUACUAAUAAGGCGAAAAAAAGGGAAGAAUGUCAAGGAGAGAUUUUCAGAGAUUACGUCAGAGGCUGUAUUCAAUCGCUUACGGGAGAAAAAACCGAAAUUUGAAGAGAAGUUGGUGCCGGUGGAAGGUGAUAUCGCUGAACUGGACCUGGGGCUGACGGACCACGACCGAACGAUAAUAUGCGAGCAGGUAAAUGUGAUAUUCCACGUGGCUGCGACGACUAGGUUUGAUGAGCCGCUGAAGGUGGCGACGGCGGUCAACCUUCGCGGGACUAGAGAAGCUUUGAGCUUAGGCAGAGACUGCAAGAAGCUUAAAACCUUCGUCCAUGUUUCCACCGCGUAUGUCCACGCUACGCACCAGAGGGUAAACACAGAGGUCCACGAAGAAUUCUAUCCUUGCACAUGGAGUCCUGAAGCUAUGCUGGCGAUAGCAGAGAAACUAGAUGCGGAACAACUCGACGCCAUCACUCCAAGUAUCAUAAAAGGAUGGCCGAACACUUACACGUUCGAAAAAGCUUUGGCUGAAGCUUUAGUGAAGAAUGCUUCGGAUCUACCCAUCUGUAUAGUGAGGCCCGCAGUUGUGAUUGGCGCUUAUUACGAACCGAUGCCUGGCUGGUUGGAUAAGACUUGUUUAUUCGGCGCAAAUGCGAUUGUGGCGAGCCCUGGCCUUGGACUGACCCACGUCAUAUACGCAGACGUGUCGAGUAAAUCCAGCGUGGUGCCGGUGGACUAUGUCAAUAACAGCAUCAUCGUGGCUGGCUACGUGACAGCGAACGUCAGAAGCGACGUUCCCAAGAUCUACGCUUUGACGUCUGUCAGCAGAAACAUGAUCACUUUCGGGCAGAUUCAGAAAUACGCUCUCGAGUUUGCCGCCAAAAUGCCAAGUCCCAAAGCUCUCUGGGACGUCUUUGUGGUAUUCACGGCGAGCCCCACGCUGUUCCUCCUGUUAACUUGGAUCCUGCAGUACCUGCCUGCUUAUAUUGUGGACACUUUCCUGAAGGUUACGGGAAACAAACCUAGAUUUGUCGAUGUGAAUACGAAAGUAUAUAAAACGAACGUGGCUCUGUCGUACUUCUCGUCGAAAACUUGGUAUUUCCAAGACAAAAACAUGGAGGAAUUGUUUAAUAAUCUGUCAAAAACGGAUCAAGUUAUAUUUAAUUUUGACGUCGCCUCAAUUAAUUGGGUUGAGUAUAUUAACGUUUGGUGUUUGGGCAUCAGGAAAUAUCUGUUAGAGGAUAAUCUGACGGACGCUGAAUACGCCCAGAGGAAGCGUAUUGGUUUUAAGAUAGCUAAUUACGUUAUAUUAAUGUUGCUCGUUUAUUUCGUUUGGAAAAUCUUAGGUUGUUCCGUUUGUUUGUAUUUGAAAUAA